CAUGCGCCCUGGCAGCCAGCGAUGGCGGCGCCCGGGGAGCCGCUGAGGAGGCGGAAGGCCGGGAGCGGGGACCCGGGGCCUGGGUCUCCGCCGUGGCCGGGGCGCGACCCCGCGGGCUGCCCCGCCCGCCUCCGCGCGGGCACCUUCUGGCUGACCAGGAUCGUGCUCCUGAGGGCCCUCGCCUUCAUUUACUUUGUGGCGUUCUUGGUGGCCUUCCGUCAGAACAAGCAGCUGAUUGGAGACAGCGGCCUGCUGCCCUGCAGACUGUACCUGAGGAGUGUGCAGCAGCACUUCCAGGGGUGGGCCGGCUGGGACGCCGUGAGCUAUGCCCCGACACUCAUCUGGCUGCUGGACUGGUCACACAUGGAUGCCAAUCUGGACGCCAUCGCGCUUCUCGGGUUGGGCGUCUCAUCUUUUGUCCUGGUCACUGGCUGCGCCAAUAUGGUUCUCAUGGCUGCUCUCUGGGUCCUCUACAUGUCCCUGGUCAAUGUGGGACAGGUCUGGUAUUCAUUUGGAUGGGAGUCCCAGCUUCUGGAGACGGGAUUCCUGGGAAUCUUCCUGUGCCCUCUUUGGACUCUGUCUCGAUUGCCCAGAGGGACACCCACAUCCCAGAUUGUUGUGUGGGGCUUUCGGUGGCUGAUUUUCAGAAUCAUGCUGGGAGCAGGCCUGAUCAAGAUCCGGGGGGACCAGUGCUGGUGGGACCUCACCUGCAUGGACUUCCACUACGAGACGCAGCCAGUGCCCAACCCCGCGGCCUACUUCCUGCACCGCUCUCCAUGGUGGGUCCACCGCCUCGAGACGCUCGGCAACCACUUCCUGGAGCUCGUGGUGCCCUUCUUUGUCUUCCUCGGACGGCGGAUGUGCAUCCUCCACGGGGCCUUACAGAUCCUGUUCCAGGUGGUCCUCAUCAUCAGCGGGAACCUGAGCUUCCUGAACUGGCUGACCAUCGUGCCCAGCAUCGCCUGCUUCGAUGACGCCACCUUGGGGUUCCUGUUUCGCUCUGGGCCUCGUGGCCUCAAGGACCGAGUCCUGAAGAUGCAGAAGGAGGAAGCCCAAGGGGCCCGGCCCACGCUGAGAUACGGCUGCAUGGUGCGGCAGGUGGUCAACCUCGCGCUGGGCAUCCUGGUCGCCUGGCUCAGCGUCCCUGUGGUCCUCAACUUGCUGAGCCCCACGCAGGUCAUGAACAGCUCCUUCAACCCCCUCAGAAUCGUCAACACAUACGGGGCCUUUGGAAGCAUCACCAAGGAGCGCACGGAGGUCAUCCUGCAGGGCACGGCCAGCCCCAACGCUAGCGCAACGGACGCUGUGUGGGAGGAGUACGAGUUCAAGUGCAAGCCGGGCGCCCUGAGGAGGCGGCCGUGCCUCAUCUCCCCCUACCACCACCGCCUUGACUGGCUCAUGUGGUUCGCCGCCUUCCAGACCUACGAGCACAACGAGUGGGUCAUCCACCUGGCAGGCAAGCUUCUGGCCAACGACGCCCAGGCCCUGGCCCUGCUGGCCCUCAACCCUUUUGCAGGCAGGGCCCCCCCCAGGUGGGUCCGGGGCGAGCACUACCGCUACAAGUUCAGCCAGCCCUGGGGCAGGCACGCCACCGACGGCAAGUGGUGGAUCCGGAGGAGGCUCGGCCCCUACUUCCCCCCUCUCAGCCUCCGCGACCUGAAGGACUACUUUAGGUCCCGGGAGUGGCCGUACCCAGAACCAGAAUAGAGGUGGCCCAGGCCUGUGCCCAAGGAAUAAAGCAGGAGGCCGCGCCGGCUGCUCUGAGUGAGGUUUCCGUACCCAGUGCCGCCGCCCUGUGCCUACAUGACCAGGAAAGCAAACCCGGUGAGGAGGGGGGCGUGCGGGGAGCCGCCGGGGUUUCCUAGUCGAUUAGAGACCCCAGGCGGG